AUGGAACCUUUGGGCACCUUCUACUUUUCUUUUGGAUCAGGGCUUGAUUAUCUAUAACUGUCAAGGUAACAUGAUGAAUAAUUGUCCAGAUGAAUGUUUAAAAGGAGCCUGAAAAUGGUACUUUAGCCGUUAAUGCCCAGACUAAUGGGGACUUCUCAAAGGUGUGGGUCAUCCUUUAAACUCCCUUCCAUUUUUGCACUGUUGCUGUUGAUGAUUAUGACAGCGCACGCCUGCCCCAAGAACUGUCACUGCUCUGAAAGGAACGGUGUGGUGGUGCAGUGCACCUCACGCAACUUGGAAAAUGUCCCGCUUAACUUGCCCAAGGACACCGUUGUUCUCCUCCUAUCGUCUAACCACAUCAAACACAUCCCCAAACAGGCCUUCGCAGACCUACAUCGCCUCAGGGAACUGGAUCUAUCCCAUAAUUCCAUUGAGACUGUAGAGGCUGGUGCCUUUCAAGGGGUUUCUGAGGGCCUACAAACUCUGGACCUCUCGAACAACCACCUCAGCAGCCUCCCAAUGGACACCUUCGCCAAGCUGCACGCCCGCAUCCGCCUAUCCCACAACCCGUGGCACUGUGAGUGCUCUUUGCAGGAGGUGCUGAGGGAGCUGAGGUUGGACCCCGAGACAGUAAAUGAGGUAUUCUGCUACACGUCGGUGCAGGAGGAGUAUGUAGGACAACCAGUGAUCCAAGUCCUGGACUCGGGAAUGAACUUUUGUAACUUCCACCAGAAGACGACAGAUGUGGCCAUGUUUGUGGCCAUGUUCUGCUGGUUCUCCAUGGUGACGGCUUACAUCAUUUACUACAUCAGGCACAACCAGGAGGAUGCCAGGAGGCACAUGGAGUACCUCAAGUCCCUGCCCAGCACUUCACACAUCAGCAAGGACUAUGAUACAGCAAGCAGCGUCUUCUAAGAGUUUUUAUAGAAACCAAUAAUUCAUCUUUUUGCAGAGAAACAAAGCUUUAAAACUCACACUA